AUGAGGAUUACUUCUCCGCUAGUCACCGCCGCUAUUAAUGGCUGCCUAGAUUCUGUGAAGGAGAUUCUCGUACGGACUGAAGCAAACAUCGAAGCUCGUGGAACACUUACAAUUGAAGGCGAAAUUGUCGAGUUUUGUUCACCGUUGUUCGCCGCUGCUGCUGGAGGCCAUCUUGAUGUUGUAAAACUGCUGAUCGAACGCGAUGCAGACGUUAACGCCAGAACAAAGACGAUUAAACUCUAUGACUAUUGCGAUGAUCGAACUCCUCUGAUGAUGGCAUGUCAUGGUGGCUACCUGGAUGUCGCUUCUUAUCUCAUUGAACAUGGUGCAGAUAUAGAUCUACAAGACUCAAUUCAAGACACUUGUCUUCACUAUGCUGCUAGAAUGGGACACGUUGAGAUAGUUGACAAACUUCUUUCUGUAGGUGCGGAACAAAGACAAAAUGAUAUUGGUGUGAGGCCACUAUUCGAAAGCUGUGUUCAUUGUAGAAUUGAAGUGGUGGAGUAUUAUAUCAAAAGACCGGACUGUUCAAAGGAGCAAAGAAUUGAUGCUCUGGAACUUCUGGGUGCCUGCAUUGCUAGGGAUGAUGUUGCUUAUGACACUGAAAAAGCAUUAACUUUCAUGGAACGUGGGAUGGAUGAGAGGUUUGAGGACCCUGCACAUCCAUUGUUAAAAGAGAUGUGGAUAUUUAGUGAAGAGAAUCAAACUCCCAAGGAUCUUGUUCUGCAGUUAACUGGGAAUAAUGAAGCCAUCAAAAUGGAGGGAAUGUUCAUCAUGGCGAGACUCCUGGGAUCUAUGGAUUUAUCUCAGUGCAAAACAAGGUACCGGAGAACUGUUUCAGCUGACCCUAAGGGCUCACGUUCCUCUCGUUGGAGAAGGUUCUUGGAUAAAACCUGGAAAUUUUUUGAGAGUCUCAGCUGUAUGAUGGUGAAUGUGGAUGAUUUCAUAUACAUAUGUGAAUUACAGCUGCAAGAAGGUGAAUUUUUACCAUCAGAGCACAUCGGAGAGUUGUUUGAAAAAGUUGUAGCAAGAAGAGAGACAAUCAUAAGGGAAUUGGGAACAGGGACUGAAAAUGAGGAACUUGAAAAAAUGCUUUAUCAAGCCCUGUAUCUUCUAAUGUUGUACUCCAAAAGUCAUGUUUCAGAACAGAAUGAUCAUGAAACUGCAGCUAUGACUGACCUUCUUCCAAGACUUUUGUGUUCAAACCCUCGUACCUGGAAUGGGAAUACGUUACUGCACUUGGCUGUGUGGCAUGGAACUCCUUAUAUAGUAUGUAGCUCAUAUGAUCAUGAGCACAGAAUGUGCAGUUGAAUGUUCAAGCCUCCCUGUCUUGAGACCAUGAGGCUAAUUUUACAUGCAGGUUGUGAUGUGAAUGCCAUGAACAUUGGGGGAAACACUCCUCUACAUUUAGCUGUUACUUUUAAGCCAGGACCAGGACAAGAAGAUGUUUUAAAAGAGACACUGGACUUGUUGUUGCUAUUCGGUGCAGACACAAAGCUUGAAAACAACAGUGGUCGAAUGGCAAUGGACUGCUGUGAGACUGACGAGGCCCAAAGGAUCCUGAGUGCCAUGGACAUUGAUGUCAGAAAUGAUGAAAUGCUUGCAAGCGGAAGUGGCAAAGAAAUAGACGAGGGAUUUCGUAUAGGAAGGCAAAACGACCUAAACCAGAACUAUCAAGAAGAGACUGAGAAGUUAAGAUCAACAAGCUCUGGUGAACAAUUGAGGAAGUUGAGACGAAAUAUGAAAUAUGUCCAAGGGCAACUAAGAGAGAGAGGUGGAAAACUGAGGGAGAUGACAAAGCAGUUGACAGAUGUCAAAUGGCAGUUACGAAUGAGGGAUGCAGAAUUGAGAGGGAUAAGUAAAGAUGUGGAAAAUGGUGCAGAGCAGGUACAAAAGAGAGAUGAACAACUGACAGAGAUGAUACAGCAGCAAACAAAUGUUGAAGGGCAGCUACAAGAGAGAGAUGGACAACUGACAGAGAGGACACAGCAAUUGACAAAUGUUGAAGGGCAGCUACAAGAGAGAGAUGAACAACUGACAGAAGUAACACAGCAAUUAACAAAUGUUGAAGGGCAGCUACGAGAGAGAGAUGAACAAAUGAGAGAAAUGAAACAGCGGUUGACAAAUAUGGAAAGACAAUUAGAAGAGAGAGAUGGAGAACUGACAGAGAAGACUCAGACUUUGACAAAUGUCGAAGGGCAGCUACAAGAGAAAGAUGAACAACUGAGAGAGAUGAGAAAGCAAUUGAAAAAUUUUGAAGGGCAGCCUCACAAAAACAUAAUUUUCUGA